AUGAAUUUGUUUCCCACCACGCGGGGACUCUUACUUGCAGCUAUCUUGAGCUGCUUGUUUGCUUCAGUGGAAGCGUCCAAAGACUCCCUAAGAAAGCAUGCAAGGCCAACCUUUACAUUUGACGAGCUUUGGGAUCUUGAAAAGACCUUUUGGGAUGCUUUCCUCUACCCUGCAAAUCUGAAGCAAACACAGGGAAAUUCAUCUAGCAUUUUCGCCUCCGAUGUUCAAGGACGUGUUGACAUUACCCGCACCUUCGAUGGAGAUGAGCUCAACCGCGAAUACAUCUUCGGCCUCUUUUCGGAUCCAGUGCACGUCAGCCUUGUCGGUGUUCCGAUCGCAUAUAACAUAACCCAGUUCGCCGCCAAUGACAACAUCGCCUCUGCAACCACGGUGGUAACCUUCAACGCAACCACCUUCGGAGUUCUCAUCCCCGUCACAAUCGAUACCUGGAUCGAGUUCAACCCAGACGGAAAGAUUGCUCAAUAUGACGCCGUGUUCCGCUGGUUCGAGUACCUAGUCGACUUCCUGAUCGGAGGUGUGGCAACGAAGAUCAAUGCUACCUCGCCUGACCAAGCUGUCGCAUAUGUGGCUGAUCUAUUAGCAAAGACAAUUUGCGAGACCCAUGAACAGCAUUGCACAGGGUCAAAUCAGCAGUAUACUGACACUACUGCUUGCUACGACUUUUUGACCAAAACCGCACGAUUUGGCAAGAGCUAUGAGUUGGGUCGGAAUACAUUGCUGUGUCGUGAGGUUCAUGAGCAUAUGGUGCAGUAUCGGCCCGAAAUCCACUGUGCGCACAUCGGACCCGGUGGUGGUGGAUACUGCGUUGAUGAUAUGAGUUACGGACAGACUGUGCUACAAAGAUACUUUAAUGAUUCGUGGAUACCAUUUGGGUAUGGCACAGAUCAAAAUCUGUGGUUAGCCAACUGA